CCACAGCAGCCCACGGAGUACUUCGACAUGGGCAUCUUCCUGGCCUUCUUCGUGGUCGUGUCGCUGGUUUGCCUCAUUCUGCUCAUCAAGAUCAAACUGAAGCAGCGGAGGAGCCAGAGCUCGAUGAACAGAAUGGCCAUCCAGGCGCUGGAGAAGAUGGAGACGAGGAAGUUCAAGGCCAAAGGGCCGAAGGUGCAGCGCGACAGCGGCUGCGGCCCCCCCGACGCGCUGAGCGGCAGCUCCACCUCCGACUGCGCCAUCUGCCUGGAGAAGUACACCGACGGCGAGGAGCUGCGAGUGAUCCCCUGCGCUCACAGAUUUCACAAGAAGUGCGUGGACCCGUGGCUGCUGCAGCAUCACACGUGUCCCCACUGCCGACACAACAUCAUCGAGCAAAAGAAGGGAAACCCAGGCCCGGCGUGCACGGACCCCGGCAACCCGGUCCACGGGCGGCAGCGGGUGGUGCUGCCGGUGCACUACCCCGGCAGGGUGCACCGGGCGGGUCAGGUGACAGCCUACCCAACCAGAACCAGCAUGGAUCCCCACGGCAACCCCAUCACCGUGCUCACCGCGGAGCAGCACGCCGACCCGCCGGGCCUGUACACGCCGCAGCCGGCGCCCGCCUUCCUGCGGAGCUACCACCCCGCGCUCCACCUGGACCACUCGCUCGGCCCCCACCACUGCGGCCUGGAGCACCGCGGCCCCCCCGCCUUCCCGCCGCAGCCGCACCACGCCGCCUUCAAGCGGCCCAAGUUCCACGGGCGCAGCUUCUCCCGCGCCGCCUGCUUCUCGCAGUACGAGACCAUGUACCAGCACUACUACUUCCAGGGGCUGACUUUCCCCCAGCAGCCCGACGGGGGCCAAGGGCCCGGCGCCGGCGGGGCGGGGGCCCACAAGGGCCACCACAGCCGGGCCUUUCAGCAGGGGCUGCUGUACCCGACGGUGGUGCACAUGGCCCCACCCGCCUCGUCCUCGCGGCUGGGCGACGUGGCGGCGGCCGGCGGCCCCGGCCCCCCCCCCUCGGGCCUGGGCUGUUACCACGGCCACCGCUCGGUGUGCAGCGGCUACCUGGCCGACUGCCCCGGCAGCGACAGCAGCAGCAGCUCCUCGGGGCCGUGCCACUGCUCCUCCAGCGACUCCAUGCUGGACUGCACCGAGGUCAGCAACCAGGGGGUGUACGGCAGCUGCUCCACCUUCCGCAGCUCGCUGAGCAGCGACUACGACCCCUACGUGUACCGCAGCAAGAGCCCCUGCAGGGGCUCCGUCGGGGAGGCGGCGUGCACCGCGGCCCCCGCCGAGGACUCGUUGUUGUCGCCCCCGGCCCCCUCGGGACACGACUGCCUCCAGCCGCCCCCCCCCGCGGGGGACCGCGUCUCUCUCGACUGCAGCAGUCGCUCAUCACUGGAACCCAGGGAGCACGGCCACGCCGCCACUACCUCAGCCCCCGAGGCCCCCGGGGCGGACAGGGGGGGGAAGGGGGCGCUGGACGAGUCGGGGGAGGUCGGGGCGGCGGCCUGCAGCUGCUGCUUUGAGGUGCUCCCCCCCGGCGCCGAGUGCAGGGGGCGGGACUCGGACCAGGCGGGGCGCUUUCACAGGGGGGGCGAGUUUCAGAGCUCGGCCACCACGAACUACUUCGCCCCAGAGCACAUGUGCCCCCCCGCGGAGCAGCUGCCCUGCUGCUUCUACAAGGAGAUGAAGGCGCACAGGGCGGCGGCGGGGGGGCGCUACGGCGAGGACUACGCCGUCAGCGUGCAGUACGCCCCCGCCGACCCGGAGGCCCGCCCCGGGCAGGGCUGCUGCGAGCUCAACCAGAGGAUACCCAUAAUCCCCGAGGACACGGACUGCGAGUCGGGCGGCGGGGGGGCGGAGCUCAGGGAGGGUUACUUCGCCUCGGGACCCCCGAGAGGUCGGCUCUACCCCCAGGAGGAGGAGGCCCGGGCUCUGUUCCCCCCCCAGCGGUCCGCCGCGCUGGGCGGCGGCACUUCGGCGAGCGGGGGGGGGGGGCGCGGGGGUCUGAGCGCCGGCCCUCGGGGCAGCACGUGUUUUUGGUUCCCAACCCCCCCCCCCGGCCGGUGCACCGGAUGUUUUCCCGCUGAACGGGCGCCGCGCGUCCGCUUCGUCGUCGUCGUCAUUUCGCCCUCGAGGGCGGUCGAGCUGCGUUGCCGUGGCGCCGAGGGUGGAUCCGGGGGGGGGUGGGGGGGAGGUUGUUAACAAACAGAAGGGGCGGGGCGCUGUCUGCCGCCGUCGGGCUCUUGUGAGAUUUCAAGUUUUUUUUGUUUUUUUCAGAUUUGAAUCAAGAAAAAGCUCUUUUGAGAUGUCCCCCCCCCCUACCCCCCCCCCCCCUCUUAAUUCACAGACAUCUGCACACAUGACCACUGGCGGCCUGUGAAGCUUCCUCCACCAACCCCACCAGGUCGUACGGACGUAGCGAUACCAAAACAGAGAGACACGAUUGUUCCUUUUUUUUCUUUUGGUUUCUUUUGUACUUCUAUCUAAAGCAGGGAAAUGGGUCUUUCUUGGGGAGGGUGCGGCCCACCCGGUUCUCUGAGGAGAAGAAGCUAUAUCUGACAGUGAAUGCAUAGAAAUGUGAACGCGUGGCCGACUCCGGUCUCUCAAGUCGUUUUUUUUUUUUUGUAGCAAAGAGACAGCGAGCUGCAGUCGGGUCCAUUUGAACCUCUGCUUUGGAAGCCCUUUAGAAGGUUCUUUUUGCUGUCAUAUACCCAAUUUCCUCAAUGAGGCAUGCCUCUCAUAAAAAAAAAACAAA